AUGAAAUUUAUAUCGUUUUUAUUAAUAAUUACAUUCGCAACUGGGCACUUAUAAUUAUUAGAAGAUUUAAAAUAAACUUCAUUUGGAUAAUCAUUAGAAUAGACUAUCUUACUGCAACUUCAGUAUGAUGAGAAUAAGUAUAUUAAUAUAAUGAAAUUAGAUUGAAAUCAAUUUUGUAAGAGAUUUAUAGUUCUAUGAAUGAAGAAUAGAUUAUCGAUGAUGCUAAUUUCAGACAAGAAUAUGAAAAUUGCAAUACUAAUGAUUUAUAACAUGAUAUAAUUGCAAUCAAGUAUGAGGAAUCAUCUAUAAAAUAAAAAAUGAAAUUGUUAAACAAUUCAUUCGAAUUAUAAGUUUCCUAAUAAAAACAAAAAGAACUACAAUUUAAUUAAGAAUAACUUAAUUAAUACAAUAAAUAAAUGGAGUAAGAGAAACAAAAUCAAGUUCAAAAUCUCAAAGAAUGUGAUGUAGGUAAAUUUUUACAAAUUAGGAAUUAUUGGAACUCCUACAAUAUCUAAGAUUCUAAUUUGAAAAGAAAGUGUUGAGUUAACUUAGCAAUCAGAAGAGCCAAUACUUAUUGCAAUUAAAACAAGAGAUGCAAGAUCAUAUAAAAAUUAUCAACAAAAUGAUAAAAAAGCAAGCAUAUAAUAAUUUUAUUAAGCUCUUAAUAUCUUAGUUUGAGAAACAAGAUUAAAAUUUUGAAAAGUAUUCAUAUUCGAAUUUUAUUAGGUUACAUAAAAUAAUCCUCUAAAUACAAGAAAUAAUUGAGUAAAAUAGAAAUUAAAUUAGAAAGCAAUUUGAUGAAGAUAUCAAACAUCUCUAAACAAACAUCAAUUAUUAUCAAUAAAAUAUCUAAUAAAUUAAACAAGAAAUCUAAUUAUUACAAGUAUGAAAAAUUGAUAACACUAUUUAGGAAUAAUAAGUAUAAAUUGAAAAAGAACUCAAAUAUUUCUAAGAAUAAUUGAAUAAGAUUACAGAGAUAUAUGAAAUUAAGAAUUAAUUGUAAAUUGAUAAAGACAACAUGUGUAAAACCUUGGCUGAAGACUAUAAUGAUUAUAGAAUUUUCAGAAAUAGCUAAAUUUAAUAAUUGGUUAAUAUAUUAAAUCUUGUAGAAAGAGACCUGUUUUUGAUUAAAGAUCAUUAUGUAUUAAAUGGAUAAUUGAGAUAAUGA